UUUUAUUCUCCUUUUUUCUGCCGAAAACUUUCCUUCCGCCUCAAAGCGUGAACUGUCUCCCAUUCUCUCUCUCUCUCUCUCUCUCUGGUUUCAGCAGAAAGGAUACCGUGACUGUUAAAAAUCUGACGUAAAUUUGAAAGAGAAGCCAGACAAAAACUCUCUCCGUAGUUCUUUGGGUUGUUCAAGAACAUCUUGUUCCUUGUUCAGAAGGACUCACCAAGCUUCUUUUUUUUUUUUAUUUUAUAUAUUUUUACCUCUUUUGCGCGCUAUACAUAAGCUUUCUGCGCGCAUGCUGCACCGUUUUUAGGUUUCUGAACCUCCAAGUGCAGAUGAAAGUGAAGGCGUGAACGACCUUUGAGUUAUUGUAGAGCAUGGUGUCAUUUUCCAGGAAGGAAAUAGUACUUCCCACAUAACUGAAAAAAAAAUGUGAUUUACAUCAUCCAUCAGUUGGAGAUGGAGACGAAAGAGACAGACAGAGUAGUGAUCGCGAAGCCAGUUGCUUCACGACCGACUAGCUCAAAUUUUCAAUCCUUCUCGGAGCUCCUUGCUGGUGCCAUUAAUUCAUCGCCACCUAAUGCAUGCACUGAAUCUGCAGUUGCCACCAUUAGACCCAAAACGGUGAGGUUUAAGCCAGUGCCAAAUCGAGCUCCAACUGCAGUGAAUUCAUCCCAGGCAGAAGUCUCUGGAACAGCAACCGGCAAUUCCAAUGAUAAGGCUUUAAAGUCAGAUGAAAAGCCUACCGUAAUAUACAAACCGUUGGCAAAGCUUGUCUCAAGGUCAACCGUCUCGCUCUUGGCUAAUAUGGGAAGCUUCAAUAUGGCUCACCAUCAAACAUUGUCAGUUGCCGAAGCACGUGUUAAAUCUCAACUGCAGGACAAAAACAAUUCGAGAUCCCAGCCUAUUGGAAAUCUCCAUCGGAGUGUCUCUUCACAAGCAGAUAUGGAUGGGACAAGUGAACCCUUGAGAUUGGCCUCCCAGAACAUGGAAGAAGACACGAGAACUUCACCGGCCUUGAACAUGGAUCGCCCUUCUUACGAUGGAUAUAAUUGGAGAAAAUAUGGGCAAAAGCAAGUCAAGGGAAGCGAAUAUCCUAGAAGUUACUAUAAAUGCACACACCCAAACUGCCCGGUGAAGAAAAAGGUCGAGAGGUCUUUCGAUGGCCGGAUAGCAGAAAUAGUCUAUAAAGGCGAGCACAGCCAUCCAAAGCCUCAGCCUCCAAAACGCAGUUUGUCAGGAACACAAGGGUUAGGCAACGUACUGGAAGGGUCUGGCUUAGACAGCACAAACAAUCGCCUGAAUGAAAGGGAUGAAUGCUCUGAAGAUAGAGUAGAGAACAAGAAUCUUGCACUCACGACUUACCAUGGGAAAGGUCCCCUGGCUUAUGAUCCUAUUGCAAAUGUGGCUUCUAAUGCUGGUGGUGCGACACCUGACAAUUCUUGCGGUAUUAGCUGCGAAUAUGACGAUGGAAGCAAGGAGUUGGAAGUGGAGGAUGAUGAGCCCAAGAACAAGAGAAGGAAAAGUGACAAUCAAUUGAAUGAACCGGGCAUUUCGGGUGAAGGAAUACAAGAAGCCCGCGCCGUGCAAAAUUCAACAGAUUCGGAGAUUGUAGGUGAUGGAUUUCGGUGGAGGAAGUAUGGGCAAAAGGUUGUGAAAGGAAACCCGUAUCCCAGAAGCUACUAUAGAUGCACCAGUGUCAAGUGCAAUGUGCGGAAGCACGUCGAAAGAGCUUCAGAAGAUCCGAGAGCCUUUAUAACAACAUAUGAGGGAAAACAUAACCAUGAGAUGCCACUAAGAAGUACCAACACAGCAGGCUCAGAGUCCGAUCUGCAAGCAGCCUCCAGUAAAGAUAAGCCUUAACUGUUACCUUAAGUAACAUCUGAUAGCGUUAUGAAGGGCAGAGGACAGGAAGAACAAGUCAAACAAGAGCAAGAAAAGAAGGGUUGACUCAGACAUCGGAAGCUGAGUCACUCCAGUAACCUGCUGGAAGUAUUCUUUUACUGAUGAUAGCUUUGACUUGAUAAGAUUUCUUCCCUUUGAGUUUUUCACUUUCACAUAUUCAGCUCACUUGUCCUGUCAUCAUUUCAGUAUAUAGCUCUUCCCAACUUACUAAAAGUUUUGUCAAAAGAUGUUGUCUGCCAUGAAUUGUUCUGUUAGUUUCUUGGAUCAGACGUAGGUUCUCUUUAUAUGCAGCUUGAGAAGCAAAGUAACUGUAGAAAUUUUCUAUUUAUUCAUCUUGUCUUUUAUGCUCCUGAUCAA